AUCAAAAAGAAACAGCAAGAUGUUGUCGGGUUUCUUGAGGCCCUUAAAAUUGAUUACACACAGUUUGACAUUGCUUCAAACGAGGACAACCGGAUGUGGAUGAGGGAAAAUGUCCCUGGAGAAAAGAAGCCCACCAAUGGAAUUCCUCUUCCUCCACAGAUUUUCAAUGAGGAGAUGUAUUGUGGGGACUAUGACACAUUCUUUGAAGCCAAAGAGGACAACUCAGUUUAUGAAUUUUUGGGUCUGACACCUCCCCCAGGAUCUAAGGAGGCACAACAAGCUGAAAAUGCACAAAAGCUUCAUAAUGGAUCUGGCACAGAGGAACAUCUUGAUGAUGACACAACA